UGCUGUGUGUUGCAGAUGACGGAGCCGGACAUCGGGCGCUUCUGUUAGCUAAAAUGCGUUUUUAUUAUUAAAUGAAGCAACUAUUUAAUUAACUGUUUUCCAGAAGCUUUUAGUGAAUGUAAUAUUUUAUUACUCAUCGCGUGUUUAUGAAAUUUGACACCUAUUUAAGUCGUUUGUUUUGUACAGUAUUUAUUAUUGAGCCUUGAGCCCGGUUAGCAUCUUUGUUGAAAGUUUAGGCCUAGGGUACCACCGCUGGUCGAUUUUAACAAUAGCUGCGAUAAACUGCGCUUCUUUGCUUGUUUUGAUUCAUUCCCGGGAUUGGGUUUCAAGCUGCCGAAGAAAAGAGUAUGGAUGAUACACAAGUUUUUGUAUCUUUUAGCAUGUAAUACCCCUGCAAAGUUGACGGGCUUUUAAUUUGACUGGAGCUGAAGACAUUUUGCGAGCUGCAUCAUAAACAAAUUAAGGAUCACAAAGGAAGAUGUCCAACGGCGCUGCAGGAAACGGGGGGCUGGCCUGGAUGUCCGAGGGGUUCUCCCACUGUUCCCUGCCCGGCUUCUGUGUCCCUUUAAAGGACUAACCUGUACCCCACAGGCCGGAGCCAAGUAACAUUAAAUACCGUAGCUGUGAAGCGUCGCAGAACGUGGCUAGUGCCUUUCUCCAGCGCUCUUUGGCUGAGAGGUGGGGGACACCAUGGACAGGAAGCCAGUCCACCAAACGGAGGCUGCUAAUGGCAGAGGAGACAUUGGAAAGAUUGAUGGAGGGAAGAAAGAAAAGGCAGGCUCCAAACUGUCUGUGGAGCGAGUGUACCAGAAGAAGACUCCUCUGGAGCACAUCCUCCUGCGUCCUGACACAUACGUCGGCUCCCUGGAGCCCGUCACUCAGCAAAUGUGGGUGUUUGAUGAAGAUGUCGGAAUGAACCAGAGGGAAAUCACCUACGUUCCUGGACUCUACAAAAUCUUUGAUGAAAUUCUUGUCAAUGCAGCAGACAACAAACAAAGGGACAAGAACAUGUCUACCAUCAAAGUCAACAUUGACCCUGAAUCCAACACCAUCAGCAUUUGGAACAAUGGUAAAGGCAUUCCUGUGGUGGAGCAUAAGGAUGAGAAGAUGUAUGUUCCAGCUCUCAUUUUUGGCCACCUGCUCACCUCCAGCAACUAUGAUGAUGAUGAGAAGAAGGUCACAGGUGGAAGGAACGGCUAUGGUGCUAAACUCUGCAACAUCUUCAGUACCAAGUUCACAGUGGAAACUGCCUGCAAAGAGUACAGACACAGCUUCAAACAGACAUGGCAAAACAAUAUGACCAAGACAUCUGACCCCAAGAUCAAAUUCUUCGAUGGAGAAGACUUCACCUGUGUGACGUUCCAGCCAGAUCUAGCCAAGUUCAAGAUGGACAAGCUGGACAAAGAUAUUGUAGCCCUUCUCACCCGCAGAGCGUAUGAUGUAGCCGGCUCCUGCAGAGGAGUUAAAGUCUCACUGAAUGGCAAGAAGCUACCUGUGAACGGUUUCCGCAGCUAUGUGGAUAUGUACGUAAAGGACAAACUGGAUGAGACGGGUGUUCCCCUGAAGGUGAUCAAUGAAACUGUGAAUGAACGCUGGGAGGUUUGCCUCACCAUGAGCGAGAAGGGCUUCCAGCAGAUCAGCUUUGUGAACAGUAUCGCCACGACAAAGGGCGGCAGACACAUUGACUAUGUAGUGGAGCAAAUUGUGGCGAAGCUUAUUGAAGUGGUGAAGAAGAAGAACAAGGCUGGAGUAUCAGUCAAACCUUUCCAGGUGAAGAACCAUAUCUGGGUUUUUGUGAAUGCACUGAUUGAGAAUCCAACGUUUGACUCUCAGACCAAAGAGAACAUGACUCUGCAGACCAAGAACUUUGGCUCCAAGUGUCUUCUGUCUGACAAAUUCAUUCGAGCUGCCACCAACUGUGGGAUUGUGGAGAGUAUACUGAACUGGGUGAAGUUCAAAGCUCAGACACAGCUGAACAAGAAGUGUUCAUCUGUGAAGUACAGCAAGAUCAAAGGCAUCCCCAAACUGGAUGACGCCAACGAUGCAGGUGGCAAGCACUCCUCGGAAUGCACUCUGAUCCUCACAGAGGGAGACUCUGCCAAGUCCCUGGCCGUGUCCGGUCUAGGAGUCAUCGGUCGGGACCGCUAUGGAGUGUUCCCACUGAGAGGCAAGAUCCUGAACGUUCGAGAAGCGACUCACAAACAGAUAAUGGAAAACGCAGAGAUAAACAACAUCAUUAAAAUUGUUGGGCUGCAGUACAAGAAGAGCUACGAUGACCCAGAGUCUCUAAGGACGCUUCGCUAUGGCAGGAUCAUGAUCAUGACUGACCAGGACCAAGAUGGCUCUCACAUCAAGGGUCUACUCAUUAACUUCUUCCACCACAAUUGGCCCUCCUUGCUGAAGCACACAUUCCUGGAGCAGUUCAUCACUCCUAUAGUGAAAGCAACCAAAAACAAACAGGAGCUGGCCUUCUACAGCCUCCCAGAGUUUGAAGAGUGGAAGAAACAAACAGAAAAUUUUAAAACCUGGCAUAUAAAGUACUACAAAGGUUUGGGAACAAGUACAAGCAAAGAGGCAAAGGAAUACUUUGCAGACAUGGAGAGGCAUCGAAUCACCUUCAGAUACAACGGUGCUGAGGACGACGCUGCCAUCACCCUGGCCUUCAGUAAGAAGAAGACAGACGACAGAAAGGAGUGGCUGACCAACUUUAUGGAGGACAGACGGCAGAGGAGGAUGCACGGCCUGCCGGAGCAAUACCUUUAUGGAACUCAGGCCAAACAUCUGUCGUACAAUGACUUUAUCAACAAGGAGCUGAUUCUAUUCUCCAACUCAGACAAUGAGCGGUCCAUCCCAUCCCUGGUCGACGGCUUGAAACCGGGUCAGAGGAAGGUUCUGUUCACUUGCUUGAAGAGGAAUGACAAGAGAGAAGUGAAGGUGGCCCAGCUGGCUGGUUCUGUGGCUGAGAUGUCUGCCUACCAUCAUGGAGAGCAAGCUCUCAUGAUGACCAUUGUGAACUUAGCCCAGAAUUUUGUGGGCAGCAACAACGUGAACAUCCUGCAGCCUCUGGGUCAGUUUGGUACUCGCAUCAAUGGAGGCAAAGACGCUGCCAGCCCCCGUUACAUCUUCACCAUGCUCAGUCCCCUGGCCAAGCUGUUGUUCCCAGCGGUGGAUUUCAAUCUGCUCAAGUUCCUGUAUGAUGACAACCAGAAGGUGGAGCCAGAGUGGUACAUUCCCAUUAUUCCCAUGGUGCUGGUGAAUGGAGCCGAGGGCAUCGGGACAGGCUGGGCCUGCAAGAUCCCCAACUACGACCCCAGAGAAAUCGUUAACAACAUCAACAGAAUGCUCAACCACCAGGAUCCUUUACCCAUGCUUCCCAGUUACAAAAACUUCAAAGGGAUGAUCCAUGAACUGGGCCACAAUCAGUACCUGGUCAGUGGAGAAGUGUCUGUCAUUGACAAAAACACCAUUGAGAUCACAGAGCUUCCUGUCAGGACCUGGACUCAGGCCUAUAAGGAGUCUGUGCUGGAGCCCAUGCUGCAGGGAACUGACAAGACUCCAGCUCUCAUCUCUGAUUACAAGGAGUAUCACACAGACUCCACAGUGAAGUUUGUAGUGCGCAUGUCUGAGGAGAAGCUGGCCCAGGCACAGACCGUCGGCCUUCACAAGGUCUUCAAGCUGCAGUCCAGCCUCACCUGUAACUCUAUGGUGCUGUUUGACCACAUGGGUUGUCUAAAGAGGUAUGAUUCAGUCCAAGACAUACUCAAAGAGUUCUUUGAGCUCCGUCUGCACUACUACAAACUGAGGAAGGACUGGUUACUAGGCAGCCUGGGGGCCGAGGCCUCCAAACUCUCCAACCAGGCUCGCUUUGUGCUGGAGAAAAUCGAAGGAAAAAUCUCCAUUGAAAAUAAAUCCAAGCGUGAACUCAUCCGAAUGUUGGUGCAGAAAGGUUACGAGUCAGAUCCUGUUGCUGCUUGGUCCAAAGCUCAAGAGAAGGCUCAGGAAGAAGACACUCCUGAUGGGAAUGAGAGUGACGGCUCAGUGGAUUCCAGCUCUACUUCAGGUCCCAACUUCAACUAUAUUCUCAACAUGCCUCUGUGGUGCCUGACCAAGGAGAAGGUUGACGAACUGCUCAAGCAGAGGGACCACAAGAGAAGUGAACUGAAUGAUCUGCAGAGGAAAAACUCUGAGGAUCUAUGGAAGGAGGACUUGGCUGUUUUCAUCGAAGAACUCGAUAAUGUUGAGAGCCAAGAGAGAGAGGAGCAGAAUGCAGGGAAGGCCAUCAAACUGGUGAAGGGCAAAGUGGGGAAGCCCAAAGUGAAGAAGAUGAACUUGGAGGAGACGUUGCCAUCCCCGUUUGGCCGCAGAGUGGACCCACCUACUCAGCCAAUCAAGUCUGAUGCUGCCAAGAAGCUGACCAAGAAGAAGAAGGGCGACUCGGAUACAGCUGUGAAGUUGGAGUUUGAUGAUGACGGUGACGGAGGAACUGGAGAGAACGCUGUAGCCAAACCCAAAACUCCACGAGUCAAGAAGGAGAAGAAGGAGCCAGGAGCUCCCAGAGUGAGGAAGCCUCCAACUCCCAAAGGAGCUUCAGCUAAGAAGGUGAAGAAGAGAAACCCCUGGUCUGAUGAUGAGUCCAAGUCAGACAGUGACUUGGAGGACAACGAACCUGUCAUUCCCAGAGAGACCAAGUCUCAGAGGGCCACAGCUUCCAAGCCAAAAUACACAUUUGACUUCUCCGAGGAGGAAGAGGCAGAUGAGGAGGAGAACGGAGACGACGACGUGGCCUCGUCCCCAGUGAGGUCAGUCAGAGACGACUUCAGCUUCUCAGACAUCAAGGACCACGACAGUGACCAAAACGAAGACGAAGAGGAGAAGAACAACGAAGACUCCUUUUCUUCACCCAUAAAGAAGCCCAUGCCUGCACCUGCAGCCAAGAAGAAGGAGAAACCCAGCAUCCUCUCCUCCAAGUCAGCCUUCUCUGAUAAGAGCAAUGACAGUGACGGCUCCAGGUCGGACAGCGACAAUGACACCGGCCCAAAGUUCUCCACCUACUCCAACAGCUCAGCGUUUGACAAAGCUUCGUCAGCAAAGAAAGCUACAACUAAGAAGCCCUCUGAUGCUCCCAAAGCUAAAAAAACAGCAGCACCUAAAGCAAAGAAACCAGAUAAAUCCAUCUGGGACUCUGAUUCUGAUACUGGAGACACCAGCACCAAGAAGCCAGCACCAGCUCUCAAAGGUAAAGUUCGGGGGAAGAAGAGAAAGGGCUCUGGGUCUGAAGACGAGUACAGUCCGAUGAAAAAAGCUCCAAAACCUGUGGGCAAAAAGCCCCAGAAACCUCCAUCCGACGAGGAGGAUGAAGACGACGAUGACGACAACAGCCUGAGCACUGCAAAGGGCCCGUCCCGCGAGCGGCCGGGCCGGGCCAGGAAGGAGGUCAAGUACUACCAUGACUCUGAAAACGAGGAAGACGACGAUGACAUGUUUGAUUAAAGUCCAUCCCGAUCCACCCUGCUUGUUUGGAAGGUUCCUCCUCCUGUGUUCCCUCAGACUUUUGUACAUUUUCUGUUUUAUUUUUUCAUUAAUGGUGGCGUUAAAUGAUUUUUAAUGUGUAGGUGUUUUACACUUUUUAUUAAUAUACAUAUACAGCUUUGUUUUUUUACGCUCAUUGAAAUGUUCCGUAUUCGUCUGAAGCAGCUUUUAGGGGUUUAGAGCGCUGUUCUUUAGCACAUUUUAACUGUUAAGAUACUAUGUAACUUUUUGAACAUGAAAUUGAAAGUAAAGAAUAAAAUGUU